CCUAGCCUCGCCUCCUCUCUGGUCAGAGGCACCCAGCCCAUAGCCUAGAUACCGGGGCGGCACACGCAAGAGCCAAGAGGCCUGGCCAAGUAGCCUGACCGCUUCUUGCUGCCUCCUGUGCUCCGUUUCCUUUUCUGCUCCCGGGCUCCCUCUUCUCGAGUUCUCGCAGGCCUCUCUUUCUCUUGGGUUGGGUCCAACAAGUGGAGAAAGGGGCAGGAUGAAGUCCGGAGAGCGGCCGAAGCUGGUGCGGGGCCUCCGGCAGGAGUCACGGCGGUUCCGGCUGCUGGUCAUCGUCGUCGGCUUCUUCCUCGUCUCCCUCACCUUCGUCGUCAUCUCCAAGCCCGACGCCAUCCUCUUCAGCCUGAACGGCAAGCUGCCGGUGGAGCAGGCGCCGACGUCCAUCCUUAUCAAGCAGAAGGUCAACUCGCCGCCCGCCACCUCCCGGAAGACCUCCACCGACGCUCUCCCAGGUGGAGAUCCUAGAGUGGUCGACGACGAAGCCGAUGUGAGACCAAAAGGUACCAAAGGCGAGGAGGAGGAGAGCCGGGUGCUGAGCGAGCCCGACCCGACCAGCGGGAUGACGGAGCUGACCCCCAACAAGGACGGGGGCGGCCGUAAAUCCGACGAGGAGACGUUAGGCGGCGAGGGGAAAGGGAAGGAGGGCGAGGAGCGUGGGCACGCGGCGGAGAAGCACAAAGUCACGCUUCCAACCGUUUCCAAUUACACCAUUCAUGACACCGAGGACACCGAAAAUGGCAAGCAAGACGACGGUACAGGUCCUGACCUGCAGGGAAGCAAGCCCCUGUGUGAUUUCUCAAACUUCAGAGCAAAUGUGUGUGAGAUGCGUGGUGAUGUUAGGGUUCACCCAAACGCUACCUCAAUCAUGUUCAUGGAGCCUGCCGGUUCGCAGAGAGAUGAGCUCUGGAAGAUCAAGCCAUACCCUCGCAAAGGGGACGAGUUCUGCCUCAGCCAUAUCACCGAGCUGACAGUGAAAUCAAGCAAAGUGGCCCCAGAGUGCACCAAGUACCACGAUGUGCCUGCUGUGAUCUUUUCACUGACAGGAUAUACAGGAAACCUGUUCCAUGAUUUCACCGACGUGAUGGUCCCCCUUUUCACGACCGCAAGCGAGUUCAAUGGUGAAGUUCAGUUCCUCAUAACCGACAUGGCACUUUGGUGGACAAUCAAGUAUCACACUGUGCUCCAGAAGCUGUCCAAAUACCCACUGAUUGAUUUCAGCAAGGAUGACCAGGUGCAUUGCUUCAAGCAUGUCAUUGUCGGCCUCCAUGCUUACAUGGAGUUCACAAUCGACUCGUCCAAGGCCCCGCACAACUAUUCUAUGGUCGACUUCAACAGGUUCAUGCGCGGAGCUUACUCGCUGGGCAGGGACACCGUUACCGUGCUUGGAGAGUACCCCAAGGUCAAGCCAAGAUUGCUCAUCAUCAAGAGGCACCGUACGAGGAUGUUCCUCAACCUCGAUGAGAUCAUCGCGAUGGCUAAGGAGAUCGGCUUUGAGGUGGUGAUCGAUGAGGCCAAUGUGAGCUCUGAUAUCUCCAAGUUCGCCAGGCUGGUUAACACGGUCGACGUGAUGAUGGGAGUCCAUGGGGCUGGGCUCACAAACUGUGUGUUCCUGCCACAGAAUGCCACGCUGAUUCAGAUCGUGCCGUGGGGAGGGCUGGAAUGGGUAUCCCGCACCGAUUUCGGCAACCCAGCAGAGCUCAUGGGCCUGCACUACAAGCAGUACAGCAUCAGCGUGGACGAGAGCAGCCUCACGGAGCAGUACCCACGGGACCAUGAGAUCUUCAAGAACCCUAUUGCAUUCCAUAAGCACGGGUUCGACUUCAUCAGGCAGACUUUCAUGGACAAGCAGAACGUGAAGCUGGAUUGCAAGAGGUUCAGGCCUAUUCUCUUGGAGGCAUUGGACAAUCUCAACCCCUGAAGAUUGUGAUCGAUUGGUUGUUGGGCAUGGUAAUAGAGAUUCUUGUACACAAUCCAUUUUUUCUUCACCAUUCGUUCCCGUUUAAUUAGUAAAAAUAAUUAUUGUUUGUUCUAUCCUUACCUGAGAAUGUCCCCAUUCUGGAAAUUGUAGGAUAGAGAAGGUGUGUGUACACUGUAUAAAUUGCUGUAGGUGCAAAGAUGGAACGAAAUUCAUUCAAAUCACAUAUAGCCUCAUCGAAAAAUAAUAUAGUAUCAGAUAUUUCUAAUC